UUAGACCCUCAGCAAGAUCGCAUAGAGUUUUGUCGUUCGCCACUGGCUCCCAAUCUCGUAACGAUACAUUGAGAUUUCAAGAUGCCCAUCGAUCUUUACCAAGUUUCCCAAAGUGCGCCAUGUCGGGCCGUGCGCUUAGUAGCGGCAGCCGUGGGAGUGGAUAUAAACCUGAAGCAUGUUGACCUCACGACCGGCGAACAACUAAAACCCGAAUUUAUUAAAAUGAAUCCACAACACACAGUACCUACUCUUGAUGAUAACGGCCUAUAUCUGUGGGAAAGCCGCGCAAUUAUGACUUACCUGGUUAAUCAAUAUGGCAAAAAUGAUUCUCUCUAUCCAAAAGACCCCAAAAAACGAGCCGUGGUUGAUCAGAGACUAUACUUCGACAUGGGAUCUCUAUUUCAAGCGUUUUCUGAUUAUUACUGUCGAUUGAUCUUUACCAAUGUCAUUCCGGAGCAAGCAAAAUAUGAUAAAUUAAACAAUAUCUUGUCUAUCUUGGACAAAUUCCUAGAAGGGGAAAAUUAUGUGGCAGGAAAAACUCUAACUGUUGCUGAUCUUGCCAUAGUUGUCACCAUUUCUAGCUACAAGAUUUUGGACCAUGAUUUAAGUAAAUAUAGCAACAUUAAUAGGUGGUUUGCCAGGAUCCAAGCCGAAGCUCCUAAAUAUAAUGAAAUUGAAAUUGAAAACGGUAUGAAGGAAUUUAAAAUUUUUAUUGACAACGCUAAAAAGAAGAAGUAAUUUUGUAGCAUAGAUUUAACAAUUGUAUGCAUUGUUUUAAUAUUGUCACAUUCAUUUGUCUUGCAAUAUUUUUGUAUGUCGUACAAUUCAACUUUGCAAUUAGCAAAUAAAUUAUGAUUAUUAUGAA